GGUCUUGUGCGUUGGUAAUCCAUCACAAUACAACUUCGACGAUUGUUCCUCCAUUCCUACUUCUGCAUCACUCCUUCGUCACAUUCGUUCCGCGGCUGUUCGUGGAGUGUAUAACAUCCAAGUAAGCCACGACUUCAGCCAGAUCUUUAACCACUGCUUUGAUUUCCUUCUCGACUUUUAUUUGCCACCCAAGCCACUCCAGACGCUGAGUUCACUCAAUCGAUCUGACAGCCCGAUUAUACAUUUUGUGGUACCCAUUGGAAAGGCUUUGCAGUAACGCCAUCAUGUCUGAGACACGCAACAUCGUUGUUCUUGGAACUUCCUUCGCCGGACUCAGCAUAUCCCACUACAUAUGCAAGCAUAUCCUGCCCAAACUGAAGCAGUCCAAGGACUCCAACUACGUUCUUCAUCUGGUCGACCAGUCCACGCAUUUCUGGUGGCACAUUGCAGCCCCUCGCGAGAUCGUUUCAGUCAAGGACAUGCCGCAUAGCAAAUGCUUCGUCCCGACUAUGGAAGGCUUCAAGCAGUAUGCCGACCUUCAGGACUCGAUCGUCUUCCACCAUGGCACAGCAGCUGGAUUGGACACCAACGCCCGCUUUGUGGAGAUCAACAAGGCUCAAGGUGGCGACGAGAGAUUGGAGUACUACGCGCUGAUCAUCGCAACUGGUAUCCGCUCGCCGACGCCACUCACGACCAUGCACGGUAACUAUACCGUCACGCAGAAGGCGUUAGAUGAGAUGAACGUCAAGCUCGCGUCUGCUAAAGACAUCGUGAUCGCGGGUGGCGGACCGGUCGGAGUAGAGACGGCCGGCGAGAUCGGCACGCACUAUGCCGGUCAGGGGAAGAAGAUUACCCUCAUCGCCGGCUCCGACAAGCUCCUGCCCAUACUCCGCAAGAGUUAUGCGGACAAAGCGCAGAAAAUGCUCGAGAAGGUUGGUGUGACUGUCGUCUACAACGUCAAGACCGUUGGCUCUCAGCAGACCGCAGAUGGACGGACCGAGAUUAAACUCGACAAUGGCGAGACCAUGGUUGCAGAUGCCUUCAUUCCCGGUUAUGGCGUGACUCCCAAUACUGAGUUCCUACCAGCCGAGCUCCGCAACCCGCAGACAAAGUAUGUUGCCUGCAACGGACAAACAAUGCGUGUCGAUGUCGCAGGCCCGCGCGUAUAUGCUGCAGGCGACGUGAGUGGCGCCGACACUGGGGGCGUUCUGAAGCUGUACGGCUCGAUUCCGGUAUUGGGAGCUAAUCUGAGCCACGACCUGCUCUCCGAAGCCAAAGUGGGUGGCGUGCCUGCCGAGAAGAAGUAUCAACGUAAGGACGACGAAACGCAGUUGGUGCCAAUUGGUAUAAAGACCGGUCUCGGCGCCUUUAAUGGAUGGUCGAUGCCGGGCUUCGUCAUCAGCAUGGUGAAGGGCAAGCAUUAUUUCGCCAAUACAAUAGACGAUAUUUGGCAGGGCAAGAAGUUCGUGAAGGCCUAAUUUGAUUUUCUAGAACUUGCAGAGCCCGAGGGUGGAUCGACGAAGUGGUACCUGGCCAGUGUGUGCGAGCUAAGGCAGCCGGCCGUUACGUUAUAGCCUUUUAAUGUCAGCGGUGUAGACGGUUGGGCGCGCUGAUACCCUUUUGUUAGUACAUCAUGCUGUAUAAUGCAGCUUCUGCCGGUCAGCUUAGGAAAUAAUUCAAUGCAUCUCAUCCCAGCCUUCGUCUCGUCCCAGAUCCUUGACCGUCGCCCGCUAAACCAGACACGGCAUCUUCAAUGAGUCUCCUGAGUUCCCUUUGGCCGUCUUCACUUUGGAAGUCUUCUCGAGCUGCCAGCUCAUCGAUGCGUCUCCGGAAUUCAGGGUCUGGUUCGCCAGUCGCCUCAUCUGCUUGCAUAGUGCCUACAUUGAUCUGGACGCCGUCUGGGAGAGGCGGUGGCGCAUGUACAACAUCUGUUUCAUCGCUAAGGGUGCCUUCA